AUGCCCGAAAAAAUUGAAGAAGUUCCUACUAUUGGYAUUAUUUAUCCACCGCCAGAAGUAAGGAAUAUCAUCGAUAAAACUGCUAGUUUUGUUGCACGAAAUGGACCAGAAUUUGAGUCUCGUAUUCGUCAAAAUGAAUUGGGCAAUCCCAAAUUCAAUUUUCUUAUUCAAAGUGAUCCUUACCAUGCAUACUAUGUACACAAAGUCAAAGACCUUAAGGAAAAAUCUACACAAGAGCCAACAUUACCACUUAAAGAAACAAAAAGUAUGUCUACUGCUACCCAACUCAAACAACAAGAGCUUCUGAAACAAGUACAGGAAGAAAUAUUUGUACCAAAAAAUCCACCAAAAGAAUUUAAAUUCAUUGCCAAUCCUCCAUCAAUAUCUGCUCUUGACUUAGACAUAGUGAAGCUUACAGCAUUAUUUGUUGCCCGUAAUGGCAGACAGUUUUUAACCAAUCUGAUGACAAGGGAACAACGUAACUUUCAAUUUGACUUUUUACGUCCACAACAUUCACUAUUUCAAUACUUCACAAAGCUUCUUGAACAGUACACUAAGGUAUUGAUGCCCCCUAAAAAUAUUAUAAAGUGUUUAAAAGAAGAAAGUUAUGAUCGACAACAUAUUUUAGAUGAUGUAAAAUAUCGUUCUGAAUGGCAAAAACACCAAGAUGCUUUACGUAGAAAAGAAGAACAGCUUAUAGAAAAAGAAAGAUUGGCCUAUUCUCAGAUUGAUUGGCAUGAUUUUGUUGUUGUAGAAACUGUUGAUUUUCAAAAUGGUGAAAUCGGUAAUUUUCCUCCACCUACUACACCGGAUCAAGUUGGUGUGCGUAUAUUAAUGCAAGACCGUGUAGAUAAUGGGGAAGAAGUUGUUGAAGUGAGUGAUGUAGAAAACAACUUGCUAGUAGACAGUGAUGAUGAAACAGAAAAACAAGUUAAUGUUGAAAAGUAUGUGACAGAAAGUGAACUCGGAGUACCCGGUGAAGAAAAGUCCAGUAGAGACGACAAUCAGGUUCAAGACAUGGAUGAGUCGUCCAGUGACGAUGAUGGUGAUUUACCACCAGAUGUUUCAAAAUCUGAUGAUCAUUCAAACCAAAUGACGCAGCCAGAAGUUCCAGAAAAGGUUAUUGUGAAAAAAGGAUACAAUCCUAAACAAAUUGUACGAGCACCAGUUAAAGUAUCUCCUGAAGAAUAUUUAAUAUCUCCAAUUACUGGUGAAAAGAUACCUGCAAGCAAAGUGCAAGAACACAUGAGAAUUGGAUUAUUAGAUCCCCGUUGGGUAGAACAACGAGACAAGCAUAUCAGUGAUAAAAUGAAUCAGGAAUCUGUGUAUGUCCCAGGAGCUGCUAUCGAGGAGAGUUUAAAACAGUUGGCUGAACGCCGUACUGACAUAUUUGGUGUCGGUGUUGAAGAAACUGUCAUUGGUAAAAAAAUUGGAGAAAAAGAAAUCAAAAAAGAUGACAAAGCUACAUGGGAUGGGUACACCUCAAGUGUAGAAGCCACAACUCGUGCAGCACGGGCUAAUAUCACCCUAGAAGAUCAAAUCCACCAAAUUCAUAAAGUAAAAGGUCUAAUUCAUGAUGACAAAAUAGAAAAAAUUGGUCCAAAACCUGUAUCAGGUACUGUAACUAUUUCUCAUCCACCUAUUUCUCAAGCUGUUUCUAUACAAAUGGCAAUGGCUAGUAAUAUUCACAAUGCAAUGAUGCAACCACGCGUUCCUAACAUGAUGCAAUCGCAACCUAUGAUGAUGGUUCAGCAACAACAGCAGAUUAUGGUUCCACAACCUCAAGCUUAUCAAGUAAUGCAGCCCCAAAUGCCACCAAAUCCAUUCUUGGGAGCUGCUGGUAGAGGAAUGAUGGAACCUUCAAUACCUCAGGGUCCACCUGUAAUGAAGCAUAUAAUGAAAAUUACUGAAGAUGAACCGCUUAUGAAGAAACAAAAGACAGAAGAUUCUUUAGAACCGGAAAUACAGUUUAUGAGGAAGUUUAAUGGUCCUGUCAUGUUUAAUGUUGGAUUACCUGUUCUUACCGACAAGCCUGAAUGGGCCCUCCUUGGACAAAUACUUAACAUAACAUUACCCCUACAAGAAACGGUGGCUAUGAUCAAGACAAAAAUUCACGAAUUAACUGGAAUGCCACCUGGCAAACAAAAACUUCAAUGUGAUGGAUUGUUCUUCAAGGAUUCCAAUACGUUAGCUUAUUAUAAUAUAGGACCGGGUUCGACUAUCCAUUUGCAAUUGAAAGAACGUGGUGGUCGCAAAAAGUAAUCAUAACAAAAUGAAAAGAAUUUUUAUAUCAUUUUAAUUACCAUGGUAUAUUUUAUAACAUAUAAAUAUAUUUAUUCAUUUAUUCAUUGCAUAAAAUAAAUUUGAUAUAAGUAUCAAUGUCAUAAUAAAAAACCAGUUCUGUUUAUAAAUGUGUAUCUUAUUUUCUAGUUGCAGUUAGUACCUCUUUAAUAAUAUUAUUGUACCGCUUGACCAUUGGAGUGUAAAUC